UCUUCGAGUAGCAUUCUCGACGUUCGCAACCAUUACCGAAAGUGGUGGAAUAGAAGCUACAAUGAAAGGUAGAGCUGCACAAAAUGUUCCCCAAGAAAUGCUGCGGUUAAUUACCUUGACAAUUUCAUGCGGUAUAGGAAAGUUAAUUCAUUUGUUGAGACGGCGAUCAUAUGACCGAUAUCGGGAGCAGAG